GGUUGGUGGUUUGGUGCUGAUGUGGGUCAAUAUAGCAUAUCGCUUGGGAAUCUGGAGAAUGUCUACGGCCAAACGACGAUUCAGAGUUCGGGCUCGUUUCAGUGCUCGAGUCUGGAUAAGCUUGUGUCGGAUAAGAAUGCUUUCAGGGGCUCGUUCUCUUGCAAUGAGAAAGGGUCGGGGCUUAGCGCCGGCGCGAAGGCCGGUAUUGCGAUUGGUGUUAUUAUCGGUGUUAUUCUCGUGGUGCUCCUCGUCUGGCUUUGUAUGCGUCGACAAAGGCAAAAACGGAAGGAUGCCGUCCUUGCUGGACUCACUGCUGCUGGCGCCGCGGGGGCGGUCGGGAAGGAUGUCGAGAAAGCUGAUAAUAAAGUACCCACUGCAGUGUCGAAAAACCCUCCGUCCAGUCAAGAACCGCCGAGUCCGCCGUCCGAUACCGAGGUGGUGACUGCAAGUACUAUACCGAGAAAGCCGGUUUCUCCGCCCCCGCCGGCACCGGUACCUGCAGCGUUGGUGCCCGGCGAUCGGUCAUCGAGGGUGCUUUCAAACUCGGAUGACCCGUCCUUGUUUCUGCGACCGAUACCGAGAAGGAGACCGUCUGAGUCGGAGGUCCCCAUGCUGGAUAGUGAGAACGUGCAUGAAGCGCCACCGCCGGAAGUUGGGAGGCAGCAGGAGGGGUUGUUUGAGCUGGAUGCUGGGCCUGUGAGUGGUAAGCAUCAGCAGGCUAUACAUCAUGAUUGA